UCUUCACUCUUCUACCAUUUCUUCUUUCUUCACUAGUCAUUUUUAAAAUUAAUAUAAAUUAAAAUUAAAAUUUCUAUUAACCGUUUUCUAUUUUUUCUCUCUCAUUCUUAUUAUUCUUAUAUUAUUACUAUUAUUAUUUAUUUAUAUUUAUUUUUCUCUCUUCAAUUUUCAUUCUACAACUCGUUCCUCGCGGCGUCUCUGUAUAAUCGGAUCUGAAAAUUUCGAUCUCGAUUUCACGAUCACCGGAAACUCGAUUCAGAUUUCAUUUUAACAUUAUCGUUUUCAUUUUAAACCUAAAUCUCACGAGAUCUCGAAAAUCGGAAUUGAAAAUUUGUUGCUGUAACCCUAAUUUAAUCACGGAGAUAAUAUUUCUUCUCGCAAUUUUGAUAUUCGAAACCGAUUUACGGUUUCAGUAGUUGAAUAGUUGAAUAGUUGAAUUGUUGUUGUGAUUUUGUUUUUUUUUUUUAUUAAUGGUUUUUGGAUCGUUUUUGGAUUGUGAUAAUUUGAAAAACUUGGAGGAAAUGGGGAAAGAGGUUGUUGAAGAUGUGGAAGAGGGUGAGAUUUCUGAUACUGCUUCGGUUGAAGAGAUUACUGAAGAGGAUUUUAAGAAACCAGAUGUUGUUAAAGUGAAUGUUAGUAAUAGUGAUAAGACUUCUAGUGGUGGUGGUGGUGGUGGUGAUGGUGGUGGUGGUGGUGGUUCUAGGGUUUGGGCUGUUCAGGAUUUGUAUUCGAAGUAUCCUACUAUAUCACGUGGUUAUGCUGCGGGAUUGUAUAAUCUUGCUUGGGCGCAGGCGGUUCAGAAUAAGCCUUUGAAUGAUAUUUUUGUUAUGGAACUUGAUGCUGUUUCUAAUGCUACGAAUGCUAAUGCUAAUAGUAACAAUAGCAGAAAUGAUAAUGGUGAUUUGAAUACACCGUUGAAGGAGGUUGUUGUGGUGGAUGAUGAUGAUGAUAGAGAGGAAGGGGAGUUGGAGGAGGGUGAGAUUGAUGGUGAUGAUGAUAUGGAUUGUGUUAUGGUGGGCGGUGAUGGUUCGGAGAGUGUUUUUGACUCUGAGGUGCUUGAUGUUAGGGAUGUUUUGGAGAAUAUUACUGUUGCCAAUGUGGCCAAUGUUGCAGAAUCGUUUGCUGAAACUUGUACUAGGCUUCAGAGUGCCUUGCAGAGCAAAAUGUUCGAUGGUUCUGAAAAAGACGUUCUUGUUCGUUUGUCAUUCAGUGCAGUUAAUGUGAUUUUUUCUGUGUUUUGCUCUAUGGAAUAUUUGCAAAAGGAAGAGAAUAAGGAUAAAUUAUUAAGAUUGCUUUCUUUUCUGAAGAAUGAGUAUGCUCAUUUAUUUACUCCAGAGCAGAAUAAAGAGAUUCAGGUCAUGAUUACUUCAAUUGUUUCUGUUGACGCUCUGGGCAAUAGUGAGGUUAUUGGCAGGGCGGGAAAAUUGGAGGCCUUUGAUAGAACUCAGCAACUUCUAGGUUUAGAAGCCACUGGAUUGAUUUCUUCCAGUAUGCUUGUCCAUGAUAACUCAGCCAAUGCAUCCGAAGCCUUGAUAUAUGGACAGAACAAUAUUAGGCAGGGGGUUAUGCUCCCACUGUUUGACCUACACAAGGAUCAUGAUUUAGACAGUUUACCGUCACCCACACGAGAAGCUCCGUCCUGCUUUCCUGUGAAUAGAUUGUUAUCGGUUGGAGAUGGAAUGGAUAGAUUUGGGUUGCCUCUUGCUGGUAAGACAGAGGCUGUGAGGAUGGAGCUGGGUGGUAAAGAUUCCAAGUUUCACAUCUAUGAAACUGAUGCUCUGAAAGCUUUUUCCACGUAUCAACAAAAGUUUAGUCAGAGUUCCUUCUUUACCGAUGAUAAGUUUCCAAGUCCAACUCCUUCGGGUGACUGUGAGGAAGGGGUUGUUGAUACUAAUGGUGAGGUUUCAAGUGCUUCUAUAGCUGCUUCACUAGCAAGCUCUAAGUCACCCCCCUUGGAUCAAAUGCCUGUUUCUUCUACUUCCAUCAACCGGUAUUCAGCAAAGAGUAGAGAUCCUAGGCUUCGUUUCAUUAAUUCUGAUGCCAGUACCUUAGAUCUUAACCAACCAUUAGGGACAAAUAAUAUGCCCAAAGUGGAAUAUGCUGGAGGAAUAAUCUCAAGAAAGCAAAAGGCUGUAGAAGAACCUUCAUUGGAUGCUAGCCCUCCCAAAAGACUUAGAAGGUCUUUGGAAAUUUCCGAGCACAACACCAGAGAGGAAAGAACUACGGAUGGAAAAGGUGGUUGGUUGGAAGAAAAUACUGUGAUUGGAUCUCAGUUGAUAGAACGGAACCAUUUAAUUCAAAAAGGGGAAACUGAACUCAAAAGGACUAUGAACACUAGUUCUAGUAAUUUGACCAUGACAAGUAGCGGGAUUGAACAGACACCUAUUACAAGUGGCAGCGCUGCAACUUCCCUACCUGAGUUAUUGAAAAAUAUAGCUGUAAAUCCAACCAUGUUACUAAAUCUACUUUUAGAGCAACAGCAGAGAUUAGCAGCAGAAGCCCAAACAAAACCUGUUGAUUGUGAUACAAGUACACUGCAUUUAACAAGCUCAAAUUCAACAAGCGGAACAGACCCAACAGUGAAUACAGGUCCAGCAAGGACUGCUGGUCUUCCGCAAAGUUCUGUUGGAAUGCUUCCAGCUUCAUCACCAGCAACUUCCAUGACACCAAUCCUACAAGUUAAUUCUGGAAAGAUUCGCAUGAAACCCCGUGACCCACGUCGCAUUCUCCAUGGAAGUAGUACUUUCCAGAAGGGUGGGAGUUUGGGGAGUGAACAAUCCAAAACAAUUGUAUCCCCUAUUCCAAAUAAUCAGGGAACUGGGGAAAAUGUUAAUGCCCAAAAGCUUGGUGUUAGUGUCGAGACAAAUUUGACAUCUCCGUUAAUCCUGCAACCAGAUAUUACUCGGCAGUUUACCAAUAAUCUGAAAAACAUUGCUGAUAUUAUGUCUGUUCCCCAAGAACCAACAACUCACCCUCCUGCUACUCAGAAUGUUUCUUCUGCAUCUGUCCCUUUUACAUCAGAUAGAGCUGAGCAGAAAUCUGUUGUACCUCUCCCUCAGAACCUGAAAGAUGGCGUAGAAUCAGCUCCUGAAAUAUGCGCAUCAGAUUCCUCUCGACCCCAGAAUACAUGGGCUGAUGUUGAGCACCUUUUUGAAGGUUAUGAUGAGAAGCAGAAAGCUGCUAUUCAAAGAGAGAGAACUAGGAGGCUUGAAGAACAGAAUAAAAUGUUCGCUGCUAGGAAGUUGUGCCUUGUAUUGGACCUAGACCAUACACUUCUCAAUUCGGCUAAGUUUAUGGAAGUUGAUCCCGUGCAUGAUGAGAUAUUGAGAAAGAAAGAAGAACAAGACCGUGAGAAGCCUCACAGGCAUCUUUUUCGUUUUCCUCAUAUGGGAAUGUGGACUAAACUCAGACCAGGAGUCUGGAACUUCCUGGAGAAGGCUAGUAAGCUCUUUGAGAUGCAUCUUUACACUAUGGGAAACAAGCUAUAUGCAACAGAAAUGGCAAAGGUGCUUGAUCCAAAGGGAGUAUUGUUUGCUGGUAGAGUUAUUUCUAGAGGUGAUGAUACUGAAACAGUUGAUGGUGACGAGAGAGUGCCUAAAAGCAAAGAUUUGGAAGGCGUUUUGGGUAUGGAAUCAUCUGUUGUAAUUAUAGAUGACUCUGUCAGAGUCUGGCCUCAUAACAAACUGAACCUUAUAGUGGUGGAAAGGUACACAUACUUCCCUUGUAGCAGACGUCAAUUUGGGCUUCCUGGCCCUUCUCUUCUUGAGAUUGAUCACGAUGAGAGACCUGAUACCGGAAGUCUGGCAUCCUCUUUGGGGGUUAUUGAGAGAAUACACCAAAACUUUUUUGCUUCUCAAUCCUUAGAAGAAGUGGAUGUCAGAAAUAUCCUAGCUUCAGAGCAGAGGAAAAUCUUGGAUGGUUGUCGUAUAGUAUUUAGUAGGGUGUUUCCUGUUGGCGAAGCCAAUCCCCACCUUCACCCAUUGUGGCAGACAGCUGAACAAUUUGGUGCUUCUUGCACAAACCAAAUUGAUGAUCAGGUUACUCAUGUAGUUGCGAAUUCCCUUGGGACUGAUAAGGUGAAUUGGGCUAUUUCCAAUGGGAAAUUUGUAGUCCAUCCUAGCUGGGUGGAAGCAUCAGCAUUGCUGUAUAGGAGGGCGAAUGAGCAAGAGUUUGUCAUUAAAUCAGAAAAAUAACCACUCAACCCUUGGUAAACUAAAAUAUAUGAAAUAUAAAUCAAGAAUCACAUUGAUUCCGGGUGUGUGAUUUCAUUAGGUCAAAAUCUGGUCAGGGGAGACAAUUUUAAUUUGUGACCCCUAUCCGUUGGAGGAGGUUAUUGACGAGUGGGCUAUUUCUUUGACUGGCCGGAAGCUGAGGAGUUAAUGGAGGGUUGUAUAAAUGCCCUUUGGUUAUUGGGAUUUUGCUACUGGUUUUGGUGGGCUAAGCUGGCUGAAAAAUGAGUUAGGUGAGUGAUAUUGUGGGGUUGACAUGUGAAACCGGUGAAAAAGGGAUGGUAACAAGAGGGAAAUACUUCUGCUGACUGUAAAAUUAAAUGUCUCUGAAUGAGUGUUAAAAUAUGUGGAAUAAUUCAGACUGGGAUAUUGACUAAACCUAAUUUAGGGAAAAUAAAUCCUUGAUUAGUGAUCGAGUCUAAGGAGAUGAGAGCGUUAGAGUCAGGGUUUUUCAGAGGUGGAUAGUUGGCCCAGCAAAAUGAAUCUCUUACAAACGAAUUUGUAUGUCAAGAUGUAACUGCCUAAAGCAUUUUAGGGGGAUUGAAUAAAUCACCAUUCCCACCCCAAAACAAAUAAAGUUUUGCAGGGGAGGUAGAGGAUAGAACAAGAUAGAAAGUGAGUCUAAAGUCUAACAAUGAAUUGUAGUCAAAGGUCAUUUAUCCAUUGGUUGGCUCCAGCCUUCAAUUUAUGCCUCAACAAAUCCCAAUUGGAAAAUUUUGAAAAAUUGUAAAAACAUCAUUCAUUAUGUUAUUCUUGCUGAGAUCCCAUUUUAGCCAAAAAAACGUGGAAACUUUGAAAUAACAUUAUACAUGUUUCGGAGCAUAAUAAUGGAGAGAUUACUGCUCAAUACUAAAAAGGAACCACAAAAGGUUUACUCUGUUUU